UUUGAAUCAUCCGCCGCAACUUUAUGGAGCUCUCUACUGUUGUGAGAUUUGCUUCGGUAUCGUUGUUUUUGUUUGUUCCCACUGACAACAGAAUUUUAUUUUUUUUUUAUUAAAGGAUGAAUCGAUCUGGUGCUGAAAUUACAUCUAGUCCAUUUACUUCAAAAUUCGUCCAAGACCGGUUAGCACACGUUGAAAAAUAUUUUGGUGAUCUCUGUGUGUCUUUUAAUUCUUAUACUAGAAAAACUGCCAAAAUCCGGGACAAAGUUUGUGUGCAACGCCUUGAUGCCAAUGUCUUGAGACUUCUCUCUGAUUAUGGGCCCAAGUGUAAACAAAAGAAGAAUGAAUUAAAGACUUCAUUCACAGCUCAAGAGCGUGAAGGAAAGAAAAGACAAGAGAUGAACAAAUUACUCCUUCGAAGUCCCACCAAUCAACAUCAGAUUGUAUCCUCUAAGGCCAAAUCAGACUAUGCGAAAGCAAGUGUUGAGGCCACCCGGUGCAGUAAAGUGCUGGAGAAAGAAAUGGAUGCAUUUGAGUUGCAAAAGCUGACUGAUAUGAAGAAAGUUUUAUUGAAUUUUGUACGAACAGAGAUGACGUUCCACUGCAAAGCUUUAGAAUUAUACACCAUUUGUUUCCAGAAUCUCUCAGAUAUCAAUGUGGAAGACGAUCUUGAUGAAUUUCGGAAACACAUACAUCCACCAACUUUCAUAUCUCGAAUGGAAAUAGCUCAGAAAGCAUCGAUAGAAAGCUCACCUCGCAUGUCAAAGCCAGACAGUAGCUCACUUGGCAAAAUUCCGCAGACUAUGUCUUCAGUAAUGACAUUUGAGGAUGUUGAUGACGACGACGAUGAUGAUGAUGAUGAUGACGAUGAAGAUGACGAUGAUGACGACGACGACGACGAGGAUGACAUUGAAGAAGAUGAUAAGCAUACUACUUUUGAUAGCUCCAACAGAAUAAGCUCAAUGCAAGGCACUAAUAUGUCAAUUUAUUAGCUGUCCUGCAUAUAAACUGUGCAGUGCCUUUACCAUAUUACAAGGAAUCCCCUCCUAGAUCCCUACAUAGCCUAAACAAAUUACUUUUUAUCUAUAUAUUUCUUUUUUUUUUUUUGUAAUUUUUCUUACUUGUCCUGUUUUUUUUCUUUUUCUCUCUUCUUCUUUGGCAGAUAUGGCACAUAAAGCGUUGGUCAAGCCUUGGGAUCAAUUUAAUCGGCUGAUACAUACCAUAAAACUUCUAGCUUUGUGUCUGUCUAUGAAACCAUUAUCUAUUUGAUAUACUGUUAGAGAAUGUUAGAGAAAACACCUUGUGGUAUUUAGUUAUGCUAUUCCAAGUUCAGAUCCUACUAGUGUCGUUUUUUUUAUUUUCCACCCUUCCAAGUUUGAUAAAAUAACAACCACUAAGAGCACUGGGGGUUAAAAACAAUAUAGUCUUAUAUUUUGUAUAUUUAGUCAUGUUUCUUCGUAGUUCAGGUUCAAAUCCAAACUGAGAUCAUCUUUGCCUUUCAUCAUUCAGGGAUCAAUAAAAUAAAGCACUAGUCAAAUACAAGCAUUAUCUUUACUUUUCACCUUUCUAAGUUUGAUGAAGUUUAUACCAGUUGAAUCCCAGGGGGUGUUGAAUAGGAUGGCUGUACACUUACACCAAAAAUGUUUGUUCCUUGUGCUUAAAACAGAAACCAAUGGUAGUUUUAAUCAUUAGUGUAGGGCAGUGAUUUGGAAGAACUGUUUAAAGUAUUAGAUAAAAGUGCCUUGUGGUAUUUUUUCUGGCCCUUUAAAUUCUGAGUUCAAAUCCUGUCAAAGUUUAUUUUACCUUUCAUCCUUUCAGGGUCGAUAAAAUAAAUUACCUGCUAAGUACAGAAGUCAGUGUCAUCAACUAAUCUUCUACACUGCUCGUCUUGUGCUUAAGUUAGAAACUAUUAUUAUUAUUGUCAAUCCUUUUUUAAAAAUAUUAUUAUUAUUAUUAUUAUUAUUAUUAUUAUUAUUAUUAUUAUUAUGAAGGCAGUGAGCUGGCAAAAUUGUUAGCACACUGGACAAAAUGCUUUACAUUCUGAGUUCAAAUUCUGCCAUGGUCAGCUUUGCCUUUCCACUUUUUGGCGGGUGGGGUCAAUAAAAUAGUUUAGCAUGGGUGGAUGUAAUCAACAAGCUCCCUUCCCCACAAAAUUUUAGGCCUUAUGCCUGUAGCCGAAAGGAUUGUUAUUAUUAUUAUUAUUAUUAUUAUGAGUAGUAGUAGUAGUAGUAGUAAGGUGGUGAGCUGACAGAAUUGUUACCAUGCUGGGCAAUAUGCCUAGCAGCAUUUCAUGUCUUUAUGUCCUAAGUUCAAAUUCCACCGAGGUCGACUCUAAUUUUCAUCCCUGGUGGGGUUCAUGUAAUUGACUUAGCCCUCCACUAAAAUUAUUGGUCUUGUACCAAAAUUUGAAAUCAUUAUUAUCAUUAUUAUUAUUAAUUGACAACAGGUGAUCCAUCCAAGAAAAACAGAAAACUACCAGUAGUUUUUGUUUUUGUCUAUUUUUCUUUCACGUUUUCUAUUUUAUACAAUUAUUUUCUCCAUUUUUUUUUUAAAAAAAACGUAAUUGAUAAUAAAAUACUUUCACAAA